UAAACAUACAGCCUCUUCUGGAGGACAGUGGAGGUCUCCCUGGGCCUCUACGUUCAAACCCACCGAUGGAUCCAGUCCUGAGGAGAACACAUCUCAGGAUCACAGCACAAGCAAUGCAGAGGAGGUGGACCUCUACGACCCUUACGACCCGCUCUCGUCAGAGUCCGAGUCUGAGUUGGCGCAGAGGAAGCGGUGCGACCGCAACAGUCCCAAGAGAGACGUCGACCAUCGGAGUCACUGGGAGAUGGCCCAACCAAAGGAGACGGGCGCCCAGAGGUGGGACCGAGGUGCAGAGAGGCAGGAGUGCGGUGCAGAGAGGCGGGACCGAAGCGCAGAGAGGCGGGACCGAAGCGCAGAGAGGCGGGACCGAAGCGCAGAGAGGCGGGACAGAGACCCAGACGCCAGACUGCCAAAUCAUGACAGUCUCAGUCCAAGUGGUAGCCAACAUCGCCGGGCUUCUAGCACUGGUGUUCCCAGGACCUAUGACCAGAUCUGUUACGACCCUGUUAGGCCCAAUGAGAGAUCCAGUCCUGAGGAACACAGUCUCAGGGAAGAGCGAGUCCCAGAAUUUGCCACAAAUGUUGGGUUAUCCACGCCAAACUUCCCCGCAGACGAUCAGCUUCAGAAAGGAUACUGUGAAACCGGAGGGUCAUCGGUGAACAUGGCAUCUCCCCGAGAGAUUGCCAUGAGCAGCAGAGCAAUCACAGUGAAGGACGUGGAACAACAAAGCGCCUUCACCUGUGAGCUGUGUGAAGAGGAAUGUGCCGGACUGGAGGGGCUGCAAGAGCACCUGGAGAGCAGGGGCCACUGGAACACCAUGGAGCACAUUCAGCAGCUGAACCACUACGACGACCUGACCAUGGCCUUCCUACAGGAGGUCAUGAUGUUCAAAGUGAGACGGUGUUGCAGUGCUAUGGUGGAUCAGGACAUCGAAGCGUUGAAGGAGACUGAUCACAUGAGCAGGGUGGAUGUGCUCCACUGUGCUGUGUGUAGUGUCUACAUCUCCACCUCGGCGACCUCCGUGAAGAACCAUGUCGCCUCUAUGGAACACCUCCAUAACAAAAAGUCAUUUUCCUACCGGCAGAAACAGGAAUGUCUUGACAAGGCUGCAGUUAUGAUCACCCUAUUAAAACCCCAGUUUGAACAGUACCGUCAGGGUGGCAAUCCGUUUGAAUGACUGGAUCAUCCUAUGGCCUGGAGGAAGCUCAAGCCAUAAUGCUGUUUGCCACAUACAGCUAAGGACAAUACAUAUGUAGCGCUUUCCUUUUAAACUCAGAAUACAAUCUAUGGCAUUGAUACCAGAUAUGUCCACUGCCAAGAAGGACGCUUUGAGACAAGGUGAUACUCAUGACUUGGGUUUGACGGAUUCCGUCUUUUCAAACUUGCCUGGAGUGUCAAAUUCAACUGUGAAUUUGGAAACAGUUGAAUGCGUCAGAGGCUGUUCCACGUCAAUACCUUACUUUCCUGUAUGUGUUAAUAUUAUUUUCCCAAUCCGUAUCCUAGGUGGUUUGCAAAAAUAAAUCUUCUUUUAAAUAAAUUA